AAGGAUCAUUUCUUUUUAGCCAGUUUCAUGAUCAGUGGCGUAUGUCCGUGAACACACCCAUUGAUGUACCUCUGAAGUACAGUGGUUUAUGUGAGCUUGCGGUGCAUCGUCUUCCUAAGUUUGGCUCGCGCGUUGUUUAUCCGGAAGGUUUUCCGAAUGCGAAAAACAUUUUGGAACUGCUUACUCUUGAAAAGCACACAUGGACGCUUGUAGCUGCUCUUUACGGGGAUCGCGUGGAGUCGGAACUCAAGGGAUGGGUCGAUACGAGUGCUGCAGACUUCAUGGCUGUGCGUCAUUCAGAACGGGAAAUUGCAAAACUACUUUACGAACGGGAUAGCAGCCUACGGGAGGCACAGAUGCUGGUCGACUGGCUUGAACGACGAGUACGUGAACACAUUGCUGAAGUGGCUGAACGAUACGAAUGUUUGUUCAACCAAACUGCCACGUGGGAAAACACAGCUCAUGCAUUGAGCUUCCUCUCAGCAUCAGAACUGAAAUCCAGAAAUUUACCGACGGUUUUGCAUCCCGACGCAACGCAUUGUACGGGGACUCAAUGGCACCCAAAAGAUCAGACGACGAAUGACCGUUACUUGAAUUAUUUGUUUUUGUGUAUUCGUGGGGGAGAUCUACAACGGGCUCAACGUUUAUGCAUGCAGCGCGGUGAAUUCUGGCGUGCGGUUUCUCUUGAAGGAUGGAGGCUAUUUCAUUGCUCUCGCCUAACACCGAAUUCUCCACCGUAUACAGACUUUGGUGAUAUGGAGGUGACAGAGGGAGAUAUUUGGCAACUGAACAACAAAUGGAGCCACACACGAGUAGCGAAAGUCGAAGCGCCCGUUUCUCCGGAGCCGGAGGAAAUUGUGGGUAAUGUGAAUCGGAUACUGUAUAAAUCAGUUGCAUGGUGGAAUGCGGAAAAUUCCACCCUACCCCCGUAUGAGCGAGCAAUUUAUGCUGCACUCUCCGGCAAUCUGGGCGUACUAACACGCACGCUGCCAGCUUCCUGGGUCGAUCUUACAUGGGCUCACUUUCGCGCUCUCGUGGAAUCUCGGGUGGAUUUCAAAUUACGCAGCUUGCUUCAUACAGGCCCAAGGGCCGACACACUGGCAUUGACGGGGAAGACACAACCUCUGUGGCCUGUUGAUGGUGGUCUUACCCUUCCAGACGUGGCUUGGGCACCCAAAGAUUGGACGGCCGCAGAUGCCUUUUCUAAAGUUGAGUCGUGCCUGGGCUGGUCUGCUCUAAGCUACCUACAAGCUUCAUCCUCCGUUGAACUGGAUGCUAUAAGGCGCUCUGCCUUAGGCGACUUUUUGUGGGACGAUGGCGCCCAAGUCCCCUCGACCGUUGCCCCUGGUGAGAAAGGAAUGACCGGAGAACCCUCACUUUCCGUUCUCCUCUACUGUAUACUUUACGCGACACAACAGACUGUUGUCACGCGUGACUAUGAUCCCUACCUAAAGGCCGUCGCCUGUGUCAUGCCUCGGCUAGUUCAAGCCGCCACAGGCUAUUCUAACGCCGACGAAAGCCUAACUCUGAGACCGCCGUUUGCUUUGAGGACCUCCAGUACCAAAAACCCGAUUGUCUGUCAAGCACUUCGUUUCCUAGCACACUUCAUCCUCUUUCUGCGAUCUGUCGAACCAGACAUCCCCGACGAACCAUGUGCCCAGAUAAUCAAGGCGUAUCUGUCCAUUCUGAUGACUGACCACCGUAUUGAGUUGAUUGCCAACUACACAGCAACUUUACCCACCAGUGCCGUACGGUUAGAAUGGUACUCUUCGUAUUUAUCAGGUAUCAUCGAUUCUACCGAACGUGAGCGUUGCCUUAAGUUGGCCGCGCAGGCCGGCUUUGAUGUGCAGUGUUUAACUCGAGCCGUGGUACGAUUGCUACGGGAACAGCAUAUGUUGGUUCCUUAUGACGAUACAACUCCACCUAAUGAUCAAAAGACGGCAGAUGAUCGGUUGAUUACAAUAGAAAAGAUGGGUAUUGCUGCGCUUCUGCAAGAAGACCAGGUGGAAAACUUGUCAGAAGUAAAUCGCAUGCGGCUAUCAUCUCUCGACUGGUUAUUCUACGAUCCAAGACAGCGUGGAGAGGCCUUAAUCUUGGUUAACAGCUUUCUGAGAACUUUUAUCGCAAUGAAUUCACUGAAGGCUGCUCAAAAGGUUCUCCUGAAAUUGCCUUCUGGCACCCUCGAACGGGCGAAGAUAAUCUGUGAAGAUUGUGGCUCCCCCUCUUGGCUAGUUAAUACGAUUCGCGAGCACGAGUGUUUGCUUUUGUACUUGGAGAGCCAGGAAGCAUUCGCUGGCUGGUUCAAGCAAGCACAUGAAAACCGUCCUCCUCCACCUACUGGUCCUGCUGCACCACGAAGUUUGACGGAGCGAGUCCAAGCGGAAGAAUCGAAACGAGCCUAUGAAGAUCGUCUGGAGCGAUGGAGACAUGAACUGCAGCUAGACACAGAGGUAGCUGCCGAAAAAUUGCUCGCUCUCCUCACUUAUCCAGCACCCGGCUGGCUGGUUGAUUUACCAAGCAAAUCUGAGGAUGAUGUGCCGGUCAUUAGAGAAGACAAUAUCACGAACAGUCUGCACCGGGACGGAAAAGAGAUUGAACAACCAAACGAAGCUGGAGAUGCCAGAUCACCGUCUGACUAUUGGUCAGCACAAUCUCCUUGCCAAAUCAUGGAGGGUCUAAGCGGAAGCCCCGAAUCCAGGCGUAUGCAGAUGAAUGUUCUCCGCGAAUGUCGCCUCCCAGAUAGCAUGUUUCUGUUAGUUCAACUGUACCAAACAGUUGGAAUGCAUCAGAAAUGUGUGGAGCUGUCUAACCUAAUCGCGUCGGAGAAGUACGGGCUGUACAAGCUAUUCUCCGAUGUGCGACUUCGCAUGUUUCUAGGUCACGUGAAUGACUCCAUAGAACACCUGGUGGCCAGUACCGGCGAUCCAGCGGGUUAUUCUCUUGAAUUGGCCGGAACAACUGGUAGGCAGGCUUCCAAAAGUAGAAUUUUCGAUCUCUCCCACGGUACACUGGAAGAGCUAACUACUUUGGGAUGGUCCAUUUCUCAGAAAAGUUUUUCGGAGCAGCUCAAAAAGGUUGACAAUGGCAAUCGCCAGGAACUUCUCACUUUGCUACUGGAUAGUGAUUUGCGAGAGUUCGGAGUACCAUGGAUUGCUGAUCAUAAAAAACAGGAACAACUAGAUGCUGGAGGUCGCAUUGUUCAAGUGGUACGCUGCCGUAACAUUGCCAUACCCUUGGCUGACGAAGACCACACCAACGUAACUGGACCCUACACAGGCCCUCGACUCCUCAGACUGGCUCUCACCGAUGGACGUAGCACUGUUGCCGCUCUGGAUGUAGACAACAAUGAGCGAUUGAGUAUGAAUACUCCUCCCGGGACCAAGUUGCGUCUGAUGGGCACAGUUCCUCUGUGCUUAGGGUUCUUGAUUCUUCAGAAGCAACACGUGCAAGUGCUCGGUGGGAACGUCAUGAAUCUGAUCAAAGAAUGGACCAUGACAAAGUUGGCUAAAGUUUGUGAAGGCCGUCUACGAACUGGAGCUCCUCCCUUUGUACCCUUUGGAAGCCGUGAAGCUGCCGAUUUGGUCAAAUCGGAAUGCGGGUUCCUUUCUUCACUGAACGUGAUGCGGAAUCCCGAAAGUGGAUAUGACUCCUUCAAAACUGCUUCCAAGUCAACUGCUGCUGAGAAAGAGAACGAGUUUGAUGCUGGCUUUAUGGAACGUCGUAAGGAUAUUAUUGCAGAGGUUCAACAAACUAAAUUUAAAAACUCAUCUGCCGCCGAUUCGAUUAAAAAACCAGCCUCCAUGCGAUUUCAGACCGGAGGUUCCAAGUUUGCUGAUCUACAGGCUGAGAAGACACAAGCCUAUGAUGAAGCACUUGCUCAACUUGUUUCUCUAAAUUAUCCAAUGCCUCUAGCCGCGUCCGCCUUGAAGCUGCACAAGGGAGACUACAAAGCCGCCUUGGACUAUUUGCUUGCCAAACAGAUAUCAUCAACCAAUCUGAACGGGCGAGGGGCAGGACUCAGGUCCACCCGGCGACGAGGUGGUCGCUCCAGUAGAGGUGGUAUUUCCGGUCCAGACGAAGAAGAUGACCCACCGGCUGCUGCUGCUGGACUGCCCCGUCAUUCAGCUGGUCUGACCCGACUUAGUGAUUUGCUGCCGGUUACAGUGGCGACUCAUGUGAAUACGACGGCGCCCUCUGCUUCCAAUUCACGCCCUAGCGUUUCUGGUCAUACUCCCAUUUGCUUACCAGUUGGCUGUCCGAUCCUUGCACAAAACAUGGCCGGUGAGUACGAAGAAGCCCAGUUGAUAGGGCAUAUCACUUCUCCGGGUGCUAGCGCUUCUGGGGACAAGGUGGUUUUAGUCGUCUACACUCGACGCUCAAACAAUGGCCCGCAAGACGAACAAGAGGAGUUGGUACCCCUUAGUCUCAUCCGGACACUCAAUAGUGAAAAGGUGUCCUUGGAUAUGGUUCCGCCUGCACCACCUCAUCGUGCCAGAUCGUACAACCCAUCCACAAUAUCGUCAGAAGCCCCAAGCUACAAUCCACACUUUGCAGACUCGCAAUCAGGACAAUUUGAUGGGAAUCCAUCUCGAGGACGCUUCGUUCGUCCUCGAGGAAGAAGUACUGCCACCGGACGCGGCGGACGCCCCCGUCGUUUUGGUGGUGGACGAGGUGGACGCCCACCCUAUUAAUCGUGCUAGAACAUUAACCUAAGCAUUUGCGCAUAUUCUUGUAUAAAUACGCCUUCUCCGAGCUACUAGUCCCAGAACUUUCUGGAUAUUGUGCUUAUACAGUAGUUGGUAUUUCGUGUUACAACGAGAAUUGCGUUUUCAUACAAUUUUCCAACUAA